UGUAUAUAUACCCAUCAAUUUAUAACAUUUUCAACAAUUGUUUUUUAUUAUUUGACUCGUUGUUAAACAGUUGUAAAAAAAACAAACAAACAAAAUGUUUAAACUCGCUUGUAUUCUUGCUAUAAUAGCAACCAUCGCAUCAGCUGGCUAUGUUGCACCCUUGGUCUCAGCUCCUUUGGUCUCAGCCCCAUUGGUACCAACAUCAACAAGUAGCCAAACAAUUGCUCGUAAUUACAAUACAUUUGCUGCUGCUCCAAUAGUAUCAGCUUACAGUAGCCAUGCUCUUCCAGUUGUUGCUGCAUCACCAUAUGCCACAUAUCCAUAUUCAGCAUACAGUGCUUACAAUGCCGCUCCAAUUGUUUACAGAAAAUAGAUGCAAUAUUAUUUU